AAGUCAACGCCGCAAGAAGACCAAUCAUUGCUUCUCCACUUCACUCUUCUUCUCUCUUUGUUUUCAGGUGUUGUAACAAAUGGAGGCAAAGCUGUUGGGCGGCGCCGCCGCCGCCUCCUCCGCCGUGCUCAGCCCAAGCGGCUACAAGAUUUCGAGACCCAGUUGCCCUUUUGCCCGUCAAACGUAUUACGGCCUUCGUCUUCCGAAUUUAGCAGCUCCAAAGAAUGGCAUUUUCGCAAUUAAUGGUUCCACUUCUGCCGUUGGAUCAGCAUCGGAAAAGCGAGUAGACGAAACUGACAGGUACACUCUCGAAGGUAUAAGAAGCUCGUUGAUUAGGCAAGAGGACAGCAUUAUAUUCAGUUUCGUGGAGAGAUCGCAAUUUUGUUACAAUCCCGAGACGUACGAUCCGAAUUUGAUUGACACGAAUGAUUUUCGUGGAUCUUUGGUUGAGUUCAUGGUGAGGAAAACCGAAAAGAUUCACGCAAAGGCUGGAAGAUAUAAAAGCCCGGACGAGCAUCCUUUCUUCCCGGACAACUUACCUGAACCGAUUUUGCCUCCAUUGGAGUAUCCGAAGGUUCUUCAUCGAACAGCAGAUUCGAUAAAUAUCAACGACCAAGUAUGGGACAUGUACUUUAAGAAUCUUCUUCCAAGAUUUGUCAGACAAGGUGAUGAUGGUAAUUGCGGUUCGGCCGCAAUGUACGACACGAUUUGCUUGCAGACCCUUUCGAAGAGAAUUCAUUACGGUAAAUUUGUAGCCGAGGCAAAGUUUCUCGCCGCACCUGAUGUCUAUGAAGCUGCCAUUAGAGCACAAGAUGGAGCACAAUUGAUGGAUUUGCUAACAUACCCGGAAGUGGAGAAAGCAAUUGAGAAACGGGUGGAGAUCAAAACCCGAAAUUACGGACGGGAUUUAGUGGUGAAUGGACAUGAAGAUGAUAGCACUAGUGAUCCGGUGUACAAAAUAAAUCCGAGCGUAGUUGCAGAGUUAUACGGGAAAUGGAUUAUGCCGUUAACGAAGCAAGUCCAGGUUCAGUAUUUACUCACAAGACUCGAUUAAUGCAACAAAGCUAGCUGUAGCAUUGCAACACUGAGAAUCUCAUGAUCAAGUGUGAUUUUUUUUAUUUUUUUCAUUUUGUUUAAAAAGGACAAAAUGCACUUUGCCCCUUGGAAAUUUUAGUUUUCGUACUUUUCCCCCUUGCAAAUAAAAAAAAAGAGACUCCUCUUUCAAAUAUUUGUUAUGGUUGCACUUUAGGCCGAAAUCACAAUUUUUGGCGUAUUUUUCAUUUAUUCGAUCACUUCAAGGACAUUUGAGUCAUUUUAUUA